AUGGAGCAAGAGCUAGCGGCCGUGUUUACGCUAAUGAAGAUGCUGGUCACCAAGUUGCACGUGCAAAAAACAGAGCUUUUCAUUGAGAAGCUACUCGUUGCGCUGAAGGAGAAGUUUCAGGGCCAUUGGUACCCUGACAAUCCCAGCAAAGGGCAAGCAUAUAGGUGCAUUCGAGUCAACUUGUCCAAUAGUCAGGAUCCCGAACUCCUCUGGGCCUGUAAGGAGAGCGGGGUUCAGUUCUGUGAUCUGGGAUUGCCCCCUGUACUCACCUUAUGGGUGGACCCUGGCGAGGUGGCCUGCAGGAUUGGAGAGGACAACCCUUGCUUCUCGGUGGCCAGGUUCUCCAACAGCAGGAAGGGUGAUGAUGACACGACGGACGACAGCGCGUCCUCGGGCAGCGAGCCCUCAGGUAGCGACUCGGAUUCUUCAUCCGGGGACGAUAGCCCGGACUCGUGGCCCCUUCCCGUUUCAGCCAGACGCUGCAGUGCCAUGAAUGCAUCCCCUUUUCGACUUCCCUCCUGGUAUACUAAGGCCUUGCUACCAGGGAAAAGUCACAUCCUGCCUCGAGCUCACUAGGGCUUCACAAGCCUUGCAGCAGAGGCCUGCAUCAUUGUUUCAUUCUUGCUUUCUGUUGUUUUUGUGCAUAUUUUUGAGAUGUUAACAUUUCAUGUCAGCUUUGUCCAUUUCCACGUCAU